UUUAGUCCUUUCUGGGGGCUCGCACCGUCGUCCGUUAGCCCCAGCAUUAAUGACUUACUUUUGCACGUUCACCCCCCCCCAUUUUAGCCCCAUGUAAGUUUUCGCACUCAGCCCUUUGUUCUGCCUCUGCGCCGCGUGUCCCGUUUCGCACAUGGGCAUCUUCCCUGCAAAAUCAGAUUCCCCCGCGCCCUUUUUCAACAGCCCUUUGCUUGGCCCGCGGAUUUGGGUGUUGCCCCUCUACAGCUUGGGGAAGCAGGGCCAUGCAGUGCCCAGCCAUGUGCAACAAAGCGGGAGGGGAAAUAUGGAGGCAGCAGGUUUUUAAAUAAACGCUGUGCAGGCUGAUGCUUGGCUUUUCCAGGCGCAGUUUCCAUCCAUGCCUGAGUUUCUCUGCGGGAAGAUUGCAGGGAAAGAUGCACAGUCCUUCCAUGCCCAGCCCGGCGCGGCCCCCUGCAUUGCCCUCCCGGCCACUGCGUGCCGGUCCCGUCAUUUGCCUCCCCCUCCCUGCGGGCCGCCCCGCCGCGCUGCUCUUUCCAGCCAUCAGGGGGAGCCCCAGCGCCAGAGCUUCCUCCUCGGAAUCCCCGGGGCUGGGACCGUCGCCUGGCAACCGCGGCAGGGCUCGCAAACAAGCGGCUCGGAGCGCUGCUGUGCCCGGCGCAGGAUGCCGCCCACCCGGGACCCCUUCCCCUACCCCCGCUACGAGAACGAGGACACCUUCACGGGCCAGGCCAGGCCGGGCCAGAUAGGCCCUUAUACUGAGCCCACCCACCUGGCCCAGCAGCAGGACCCCUGGAAUCGCCUGCACAGAACACCCACCCUGUCCAGCACCAGGAAGGAAGUCUGGUAUACAGAACCUGAGGUGAAGCCCGCGCAGCACCCAGGGAUGAGGCGCCUUUACCAGCUUGUCAGAGGCUCUGGCUAGUGACUCUCUCUGAACCCUU